GAUAUUUAAUUACGUGAUUUAAUACGAAAUGUAAUUUCAUAACAAAGAACUACAACAAUUGCUAACAAUACGCUGCAUUUAACAAUAUUCUAUUGUUUAAAUAGCUUGGCGAAAAUGAUGCGCUGCGUUCAGAAGUACUUUUUGCGAUUGUGGAAUGAGAGAAUUAAGAGAAAAAAGAGAGACGAUAAGGCUGCACCAAAUGGUCAGCAACAUAAAGAUUAUACUAAAAAUAUUGACGAUAACUUUCUUGGAACAAAGUGUUUUUCCUUUAACAAAGAAGAUUCAGAGAUCCAAGGAAAGAAACCCAAGGAAAAAGCGAAAUUUACAGAAUUCUGCACAAAUGCAUUCUGUAAAUUGUUCUGUUGUGUGUCAGAGGAGAUUUCUGGUUCUCAGGAAUGCAAACUCGCCAUUUCUGAACUCGGACUUGACGAUAUUUCAAGAUAUAAACAAAAUGUAAUUGACGAUUAUGAAUUCAAAGAAAUAGGAAAAGGCAAUUUCGGAACCGUUCGUUUGGCUGUAUCUAAAACUUCCGAUGAACGAGUGGCCAUAAAAACAAUACAGAAGAAGCAAUUUUGUCCCCAACAAAGACGAGAAAUAAAGAGAGAACAAAAAGCAUGGGCAUCCUCAUCCAGCCAUCUUCAUGUUGUGACUUUAUUAGCUUUAUUUACUUUAAAACCGAUACGAGUUUCUGUUUCGUCUUCGACUAUGUGGACGGACAAGAUAUAACGAAUUAUUUACAAUACAAUGGACCCUUCCGAGAAACUCAAGCUAAAAUAAUUGCUUCUCAAGUGGCUUCGGCCAUCAUGUUUAUUCACAAUAAAGGAAUAAUUCAUAGAGACAUAAGCUCUAAUAACAUCAUGCUCGAUAACACCAAAGGAGCACAGUUAAUCGAUUUCGGUCUGUGCACAUUUGAACGUAACCCGAAUGAAUUUUGCGGGACUUUGUUCUAUGUUUGUCCGGAAAUCCUUGAGGGAAAGCCUUAUGACGCUUACUGCGAUUGGUGGGCAUUUGCCACCGUAUUAUACGAAAUGUUAAUCGGAAGCACCCCAUUGG